AGAGGUGCAGGUGUAUCUCUCGCCCAGACGCUGGGCUGGCUCCCUUUGUGCACGUCUCGGUCAGCCCUGUGCCCCAGUUGUUUUCCAGGCUAAGCAGUGCUGUCAGCGCAGUAUUCGGUGUGACGUUGGAAUGUAUCUCGGCUGCAGUGUUUUGGGCUGAUGUUUUAAAAUGGCCAGGUUCAAGUUGUGGAGUAAGCUCCUAGUUUCCUUUUGUUUUGCAAGGCCGAGCCGGUCUCUGUACAGUACAGACAAAAAGAGCACCGCGGGUGGCCAGCGCAGGAGGGGAGUUAAGCUUUUUGGGGGAGAAGCCUGGCUGCUAAUCAAGAAUGAACUAAGUGACCUGCAGCGAGACCCACCAGCCCACUGUUCUGCUGGACCUGUUGGAGAUGACUUGUUUCAUUGGCAAGCAACUAUUAUGGGUCCUCCUGAUAGUGCAUAUCAAGGGGGUGUAUUUUUUCUCACAGUACACUUUCCAACAGACUAUCCUUUCAAACCACCAAAAAUUGCUUUUACAACAAAAAUAUAUCACCCAAACAUAAACAGUAAUGGGAGUAUUUGUCUUGAUAUCCUGAGAUCACAAUGGUCACCAGCUCUGACUGUAUCUAAAGUUUUAUUGUCCAUAUGCUCCUUACUUUGUGAUCCUAAUCCAGAUGAUCCUUUAGUACCAGAUAUUGCACAGAUCUACAAGUCAGACAAGGAAAAAUACAACAGACAUGCAAGAGAAUGGACUCAGAAAUAUGCAAUGUAAACUUGUGAAGACUUUUUCAUAUACCACAGAGUACUGUAAAUUCUAGGGUGUUUUUUUUUUUUCAAAAUUAGAAGGAAAUGGAGCACAAUUUAUGGUUUUGAUGUUAACAUGACUCCCCUUGAAUUUUUUUUCACCCAUGUAAGUGUGUUUCCGGAGCAAGGGAGAAUAAACUUCCAAAAAUAACCUUAUGACUGUGAUAAGAAUAUUUAUCCUCUUUGUAUGCUUUGCAGAAGACAUUUAUUAUGGUUUUUAAGAGUUGGACAUCUGCAUCUUCAGACUACAAGAUCUGUAAUGCAGUUGUAAAGCAACUGAAUUAUUUUUGCUGGGAAAAGUAGCUGGUUUUAUGUGAUGAAUACUGUAUGUUUGUCAUUGAAGUAUGUUGUUGUUUCAUAAGUGUAUUCAAAUUUCUUUUUGUUAGUUCACUUAAUAAUUUGUAUUUUUUUACUGUAUAGACUAAAUAUUUUAUUUACAAUGUCAGUAAUUUCAUUUUAGACUUAAUUGCGUGUGCACAGUAUUGACAAGAUACAACUGCUAGUAAUGAAAAUAAUUGGAGUAUCCCACACAUUAGGAUAUUCUAAAGAUUGACUGCAGAUUUCUUAAAACCUAAAAUGAUCUUUGCACUGUAAUUCUUUGUAUGCUGAUUAUGGAGAAACACUUCGUUUUGAUUCUGUUGCAUACUUAAUUUUAUGGGAAUGAGAACUAAUUGCACUGCUAUGUAGAGAGAUGUGUAACCAUUUUGUUGCUAUUCACAACUGAUUUUUGAUGUAACACUAUCCUUUUGACCUUUUACAAAUCCAAAUGUAGCCUUUUCCAUAUAAAUAAAAUGCAUUUUCUACUA